AUGACCAAUUCAAUUUCCACUCAAAGAUACUUUUCACUCUCCAACAAGCAACAACAAGCCUUUGAAGAACGAUCAAAACAUUGGAAUGAAUUAAAACAACAAGAAAAUAUCAAGCCUAAUAAUAUUAAUAUUAGCAAUUUAAAUUUAGUAUUGAAAUUUGGAGAAAAGAGUAAACCUUUAUCAAUUGUUGUAGACUCGGAAUUCUUGAAAAAGACACCACUUCAAUUAGCUAAUGAAGUCUUUUAUAAGAAUGAAGUAAGCGAGUUUUUAGUUUGUAAAAUUAAUGGAAAGCUCACUGAUAUGAAUGAUACAUUUUCUGAAAUUUUGAAUAAUCAAGAAUCAAAUAAUAAUAAUAUUGAAUUCUUUACAUUUGAAAGUGUUGAAGGAAAGGAAGUAUUUUGGCAUUCAACAGCUCACAUUCUUGGUUGUGCUUUGGAACAAAAGUUUGGUUCAUCACUUAAAUUAUGUGAUGGUCCACCUUUGGUUUCAAAAGAAGCUUCUCAAGUUUUAAAUGGUGGUUUCUUUUAUGAGGGUUUCCUUGAAAAUAAUGAAAGAAUUACAACUGAACAAUUGGAAGAAUUAGAAAAAUUCAUGCAACAAGUUGUGAAAGAAAAACAUUCAUUCCAAAAAAUUCACAUUACAAAGGAAUUGGCAAGAGAAAUUUUCAAAUAUAAUCAAUUUAAAUUGGAUAUAAUAGAGAAAAUUCCAUCUGGUGAACCAAUUACCAUGUAUAAAUGUGGUAAUCUUGUAGAUUUAUGUAGAGGUCCUCAUAUUCCAAAUACUUCAAUGAUCAAAGCUGUAAAACUUACAAAAUUGAGUGGAGCCUAUUGGAAGGGUGAUGAAAAAUCUCCACUUUUACAACGUGUUUAUGGUAUUUCUUUCCCUAAAGCUAAACAGUUGGAGGAUUGGCAAACACUUAUUGAAGAAGCUCUCAAGAGGGAUCACAGACUUAUUGCUAAAAAGCAAGAUUUAUUCUUCUUCCAUGAAUACAGUCCUGGAACACCAUUCUUCUUACCUCAUGGUACUAGACUGUUUAACAAAUUGGUUGAAUUUAUCAGAAAAGAAUAUAGAAAGAGAGGUUAUGAUGAAGUUAUUACUCCACAAAUGUUCCAAAAAGAAUUAUGGGAAACGUCUGGCCAUUGGCAACAUUACAAGGACGAUAUGUUCACUGUAAUUGAAGGAACUCAACACAAGGAAGAAACUAUUGGAAUCAAACCAAUGAAUUGUCCAGCCCACUGUCUCAUGUUUGAUAGUAAGAUUAGAUCAUAUAGAGAAUUACCUGUAAGAUUGGCUGAUUUCAGUCCACUCCAUAGAAAUGAACCACGUGGUUCCUUGACAGGUCUCACUCGUGUCAGAAGAUUCCAUCAAGAUGAUUCUCACAUUUUCUGUACUCAUGACCAAGUUAAGAGUGAAAUUGAAAAUUGUUUACAAUUUGUUAAAUUUGUUUAUAGUGAAAUAUUUGGAUUUAAUUUGAGAUUCAAUUUAUCAACAAGACCAGAAAAGUUUGUUGGUGAUAUUGAAAUGUGGGAUAAAGCUGAACAAUCUCUUAAGGAAUGCUUGGAUGGAUACAAUUGGAAACUCAACGAAGGUGAUGGUGCUUUCUACGGUCCAAAGAUUGAUAUUCAAAUUGAAGACAGCUUACAAAGAUUCCAUCAAUGUGCUACUAUUCAAUUAGAUUUCCAACUUCCUCGUAGAUUUAAUCUCAAGUAUCAAAGUCAAAAUGACCAACUCAUUACACCAGUCAUUAUUCACAGAGCUAUUUUGGGAAGUAUUGAAAGAUUUAUUGCUCUCUUGACUGAACAUUUAUCAGGAAGAUGGCCAUUCUGGCUUAAUCCUCGUCAAUGUUUUAUUUGUCCAGUCUCAGCUGAAAAUGCUUCCCUUGUUGAUUACUGUAAAGAGGUUAAGGAUCAAAUUUUCAAGACUGCUGAAGAGAGAGGAGUUUUCUCCAACUAUUUCAUUGAUGUUGAUCUUUCUGAUAAGACAAUGAAGAAAAAGAUUAGAGAUGCCCAAGUUCUUCAAUAUAACUUUAUCUUGGUUUUGGGAGAAAAGGAAAUGCAAGAAAAGACAGUGAGUGUCAGAAAGAGAGAUGGUACUCUAGUUGGAACAAUGAAAAUUGAUGCACUCUUAUCAAUGUGGGAAGAAUUAUUAAGAACCUAUCAAUAA